AUGUCUUCACCCAACACCACCUCCAUCACCUCCGACAUCACCCUCCAUCCCUACACCGGCGAACACCAGAUGCCCACCAUCAUCUCGCUCAUCGAAAAGGAACUCUCCGAACCCUACAUCGUCUACACCUACCGCUACUUUGUCAACCAAUGGCCCUCCCUCUGCUUCUUCGCCCACCAUCCCUCCUCCCCCUCUUCGGCGAUCGGAGUCAUCGUCUGCAAGCUCGAUCGACAUCUCAAGGGACGUUUCCGACUCAUGCGCGGGUACAUUGCUAUGAUUUCGGUCAAGAGCGAAUUUCGUGGACGCGGGGUUGCGAAGCGAUUGGUCGUGAAAGCGGUGGAGGAGAUGGUGAGGAUGGGAGCGCAGGAGGUGGUGUUGGAGACGGAGGCGGAUAAUGAAAAGGCGUUGGGGUUGUACGAAGGGUUGGGGUUUGUGAGGGAGAAGCGGUUGCAUAGGUUUUAUCUGAAUGGGAAGGAUAGUUUUCGGUUGGUGUUGCCCAUUCCGAGGAGCGCGCAGAGAGAGGUCGCGCGCGGGAUGGAAGGUCCGCCGCAGACGGGGCUGGUGCAACCGCCGUACGCCGAGGUCGCAAAUGAGCGGCUUGACGGCCAGAACGAAUCGUCAGCAAAUACCCAAAUCGACCAUAGCAUACUCUGA